AUGUCCCUUAUUAGAUUUGUUAAUGGUCUCGUUGACCCAUUACAGCAAUUCUCUUUCGCCAGGUCUAUAUACCACCUCGCUAAGCAGAUUGAUUUGCCUUUGAAAUUCGUGCAAUUGAGGCAUUCUUCUACUCAUGAGAAUCUCCCUUCUCUAAAGGUGCUCGUACACUCCACAAAUGAAGCAAUUGAUUGGUUGAAAUUUAAGUACUGGGAUGUCGUAUUAUCCACUCUAGAAGACAGUAGCACUCCCUUAACAUCACUCACGUCCAUGGAAUCGAGAUUGAAUGAUAUACACGCCAUCCUCAACAGCUCCCCUUCAAACCACUCAAAUUGGUCUCCUGCUGCAAAUUUCGAGCCAUGUGCAAUUGGUUUGCUGAAUAACAAAAAAUCUAAUUUGUACUUGUAA